UAUUAUCUUUGUUGUAUUUGCUACUAAAGUUCUGCCAAAAGUUUAACAGAGCUAGUACGACCGGACUUCUGUUCAAAGUUUUGAAAUACAACUAAGUUUUAUGCUAUUAAGAUUAGAUAAUUUAAUGUUCUUUGGUGAUUUUGGUUUUAGUGAGGAGUUUGAUUGUCCACUCACCUUCUCUGAUUUAGAUUUAAGUCCUUUGAAAGAGGUUAGGUUUAAGAAUGAGAGUGACAUAGAGUGUGAGUUAGAGUUUAUUGAAGAUCCUGACUGCAUCCCACCUUCUACUCCAUGCAGUGAAAGCUAUGAAACGGAAGAGAUGUCAUCGAAGGAAACAUUGAGUGUUGAGGGGAGUGAGGAAGUUAGGAUGGUGGCGGAAGUUAGCAUAAGAACUGAGUCAUUUGGGUCGGAGAGAACAGUGGUAGAGGUGAGAGUUGAAGAGAUGGUUGAAGGAGAGGGAAUUCCUUUGAAUAUUUUGGAGGCUGAGGGUACAUGUGAAAGGUGUUAUGAUGUAGAGGUGGACAUUGUGUCUGAAGUUGUGGGGUAUGAAACGAAAUGGCUGAGUAGGGACAGCCUAAUACAUAUAGUUGAAACAUAUGACCUCCCCCAUCAAGUACUGAUUAGACUAGUUGGGGUAGAAGAGAGAGCGUGCUUAGCACUUCGAAAUCAUUGGAUGCCUUUGUAUGCACAUUAUUUGGCAGUAGGGUUGAGGUUUCCUAUUCUUGAACUCCUAGUUGGGCUGUUGUCGAAAUACAGCAUAGGGUUAACACAACUGGCCCCAAAUGCAAUGAACGUAGUCAUAGGUUUCUUAGUUUACUGUCGAGCUCGGGGGGUUAGAGUUCAUACUAUAAACAUGUUUAAGCCCUUCUUUGUCCUAAAGGGUGGGAGUACAAAGGAGAAAGAUAAGGAAGAGGACGUAGAGAAGUUGGUGAAAGAGUGGGAUGAUGUGGUAGACAUCAUGUAUCUCACCAACUCAGAUGCUAUGGAGGCGGUUGAGAUUUAUGGGGCAAACUCUUUGAGUGAAGAAAAGAUGGACAAGUUUCUUGCUACAGUUGGGGGGAUGGUUAUUCCGAAGAAGGCAAGGAAAAAGUUAAAGACUUCAAUCACAACAAUUGCUGCAAGUCAAAAGGGAGAAGUAGGUAGAGAAAAGGGACAACCUUCUAGUACUUCCGUUCGAGUUUCAGAUAUUAAAGGGCUAAGGCCGGAGCUCAAAUGGAAAGGAAGUGAGGAUGUUAGACCUGCUCAAAAGAGGAUGAGGCAAGGCAGCUUGUUCGAUACAAAGAGCAUGACAGCUACGAAGAGGUUUAUAAACUCAACCUUCCUUGAGGUGGAUCACUACCAAGCUCGGGAAAAGGUGUUGAGCGAUGGUGGGGUUGAGAUUGUGAAGCACGUUCUUAAGAAGUUUUUUGAAACCCUCAAGGAACGUAAUGUUUUGGUGAAAGAGAAGGAGGAAUUGGGGAAGAAGAAGGAUGAAGUGGAGAAAGAUCUGGCAGAGCUGAAAUGGGAGCACAAUAGUGAAUGUCGUACCAUCUCUCCUCCUAACUUCAACUUCAAGUUUGUUAUGGUUGAGGAAGAAACAGAAGUCAAAAGUGCCAAUGUGGGGGGUGUUGAAGUUAGAGAGAAUGAGCCAGAGGUCAGAAGUGCUGAAGUUAAUCAACAACCUUUACUCGAAGUGAACCAGCCACCUCCAAUAGACGAAGUGAACCAACCACCUCCAUCAGCACAAUAACAUGCUUUGUUUUUCUAAUUUCUUCUUUCUUGUGCUAAAUUGUAAAUAGUGUGUUUUGUUUUAAAUGUUUUUGUAACAUUUGUUGACAAUUUAUUUAUAUAUUUGAGAUUUUUUUUGCACAUUUAUGCAUUUUUGUUGUGUAUGCUUCAAGUUGAAAUUGAAAGGAAAUCACCUCGAACAUGAGGUGAAAUUCAUUAACAAGAUUCAAAUUCAAGAAACAAAUUGAGCUUGAAUGAAAGUUCCAAAGAAAUAAAUGAUAAGAAAUUGA